UGGUGCUACUCAUAGCGCUGCACGUGUGCCACCUGGCCGGUGCUCGCAUCCGACGUGGAAGGAGGAAGGGGUUGAAGACGCUUUGACAGGGCGCAUCGGGAAGCAAAGGGAUGGGGGACGAAUACAGUCAGGGUUGUGAGGGUUUUGGGAUGGGGAGGGGGGUGUACGGAGGAUGGAGUGGAAUGCAACACAAUCGCCACCACAGGUUUGAUCCAAAUUUGUAUUCGCAUCUCCCUCCUCACCAGCAGCCUUUGCCUGAUGACACGACCUGGACGCCCCCUCCGUCGACAUUGGGUCUGGCAUGGGGGUCGACACAGACGUCUUACGACACACCACCGCGAGUUGAAAGCACCGGAGGGGGUGUGGGUCCGAUGUCCGCUUUGCUGGGCGAAACGCGGGGCAGAGGCCGUCAUCCAUUCGAUUUGCAAGUGUCACCGACGGCCACCAUGGACUUGUCUAGAACGAUCCUCGUCCAACGGAGUGGACAGGGUGGCGGUGCGAGCACGCAGACAAUGCAUGCCAGUGUCCUUGACGACGGGGUGUCAAUGCAUCGGCCGAACCACAUGUCAAGGCCUGCGCCUAGCCAAGCCGCACCAGCGGGCAACGUGUCGUAUCACCAACCUGCGGCAGGCGCGGCAAUGCAGGAUCAGAGGGCUGAUGUGGGCGGUGUUGUGGAAUCCCCUCGAUGCCGGUUCAACAGCUUGCAGGCAACCAGCGAAGGUGACGGAGCAGGCGCGACCAUGAAGGAACGGAGGCCUGGUCUGGGCGGGGUUGCAGAAUCACCUCGAUGCAUGGAGCGUAUUGUCUGCCGCUAUAAUAGCUCGAGGCCGACCAGCGACGGUGAUGUGGGCGGCCGUGACGGUGGUGCCAGCGAGGCGGACCGCGUCGACGUAUAAUACGAUAACGGUGACGAGGAAGACGAAGACGAAGCUCCGGUCAAGGAAGCAGUCUCCGGCGGGACGAAAAAGCAACCUUCCAAAGCCCGUGGGAAAGUGAAGGGUAAGGAUAAGGAAGGUGAUACGAACGACGAGGGUGGUGGGAGCGGAGCGCGGGGGAACUGGAGUUUGAACGAAUCCCUCGUUCUUGUUCGGUGCAAGAGAGACCAAGACGACUACUUCGCUAAUGCGGGAAGCAAUUUCGCCAGAAUGAAAACGAAGGACCAGA